AUGCCUGUGUCAGAUCAAGGGAGUGCACCAUUUUAUACAAAGGACUUGAGCAUCUUCAGAUUUUGGAAUCUGAGGGUGAAGAGUCCUGGAAUCAAGCCCCCACAGUGGUCAUCUCCAUCAGAGGCAACUAAAAGUUUCAUAUCAAAAGAAAUUUGGCUGGCACCCCCACAGUUCUACGAAGUAAGACGACUUGAAAACUUUGCCUCUCUGUCUGACCUGCAUAAAUUUUGUUUGGAUCGUGCCUUAGAAGAGGUUGAACGGUGGAUGCCGAUUACAUAUUUAACUGCUGAUGGGAUGCUCCAGCUUUUACCUGGAGAUGAGCUGUACCUAGAAGAUUCAGACUAUGUAGAAAAGUCUUUGUCUACUGAAAAAACAACUAAAGAAAUCAUGAAGGAAGGCAAGAAAUUUCACCGAAUAGUGAUACACAAUCGCCAUCUUUAUGAGGUCCAUGUGACUGUUCAGUCAAAGUAUAAACAUGUUUAUCCUAAGAACUACAUAAUAAGUAAGAGCCAUUUGUAGGGAGCUACUUCUUUCUAAACUGGUUGACUAAACUUGUUUGAAAAUUAUAUAAUUUAUAUAACUUGGUGCCUGUGCAAGCUAUCAUGGUGUGUUUCUUCUUUUAAGUGUGUUGUGGAGCUCUCUUGCUUAUUUUAUUCUUUUAAUCAUUCAGUAUGCAGUGAGUAUAAAGUUGACAUGUUACAAAAUGAGAAAAAAAAAGUCACAAGGGGCCCUACUUCUGUAUUGUUUUAUUAGCCUAAAAGUUUAAAUAAGAYGUUCUAUUGCCAUUGUUUCAAUUGUCCCACAUAUUAGCAUUUUUCCUGAUGUGCUUUGGAAGCUGAACCAUGAAUUUCUUAGACUUUCUGCUGAAAUUAAUUUAAGAGUGCCUGACUGGAUGGCAAACACUAGACUGAGAYACCCUUCAAGUGAUAAUGCCAUUGUUUUCUUGCUAUUGUCUUUAGCUUSAUUACUAAGAUCCAAUCUGUUUAAAACCAAGUGGCAUUAGUAUAAUAUAUUAUGUUUUCCAAAUUGGAAAUCUAUUUUAGUUAAUAUUUUAAAGAAGUAUGAAGCCAUAUAAACCUAUCAACUUUUUAUGUUAUUCAGUACUGGUUAAUAAAUACACAGAGAGAAUGUUAAAUUAGGUUUAUUUUCAGUAUGGUUAAUAUGGAUAGUGUUUUCACCUCCUUUAAAGAGGUAUAAUUUUUUUGCUGAUUAAAGGUGGGAAUUAAUAGUUAAAAACACCAAUUCUUUUUCAUUAUAUUUGACUAUAUUAUGCAUAACACAAUAGAUUUCUUAUUUUUUGAAAUUUCUUAGUUUUUCUAACAACCAAAUAAAGGCAAUGAUAAAACUUA